GACCGGAAGCGUUGGCGUUCACGGCGUCGAACUUGACGUCAGCGCGCAGCGGCGGCAGGAGGGAGCGGCUCUGGUCGAGCGACAUAGACAGAGAGUGGAGGUGAGAGUGAGAGAGAGCGGCGGAGCGGACGGGUGGAUGACUACAGACAGUCAGGAUGCGUGAAUACAAACUGGUUGUUUUAGGAUCAGGAGGAGUCGGCAAGUCAGCUCUGACUGUCCAGUUUGUUCAGGGAAUCUUUGUGGAGAAAUACGACCCGACGAUAGAGGAUUCCUACAGGAAGCAAGUCGAGGUCGAUGGACAGCAGUGUAUGUUGGAGAUCCUGGAUACAGCAGGAACAGAGCAGUUCACGGCGAUGAGAGACCUGUACAUGAAGAACGGUCAGGGCUUUGCUCUGGUUUACUCCAUCACGGCUCAGUCGACCUUCAAUGACCUUCAGGACCUCCGAGAGCAGAUCCUCAGAGUGAAGGACACCGAGGAUGUUCCCAUGAUCCUGGUUGGAAAUAAGUGUGACCUGGAGGUGGAGCGUGUGGUGGCCAAAGAGUCAGGCAUCGGCCUUGCCCGCCAGUGGAACUCCUGCGCCUUCCUUGAGACUUCGGCCAAGAGCAAGAUCAACGUCAAUGAGAUCUUCUAUGACCUUGUGCGACAGAUUAACAGGAAGAGUCCAGUUCAAGGGAAAACUCGCAAAAAGUCCAACUGUCAACUUCUCUAAUGACAGUUUUCUCCUUACCUGACCGACAACCAACCAACCAAUCACAGGACAUCUUCCAGCUGGCCACGCCCCUUUAACACAGCCAUGUCAUCAUCAACAUCAGCCACCUCUGACCUCUGUUCCCGUGACAACCACAUCUCCCAUUCCCUCACCAUACAGUCUCAGAGACUGUUGCCUUGGAAACAUUAAAACCAAACAUCAAAAGACUGCAGCGGCGGCGAUGAUGAUGAUGAUGAUGAUGAUGAUGAUGAAGAUAAGGAUUCUGCUGUUGCAGGAAUGGGGGCUGUCCAAACUACGGUUCCCAUCAUGCUCUCUGCUAGGCCAUUUUGUGCUGGGGAGUGGCUUCUUGCUUUUACUUUUAAAUGUUUCUUUCCUUUCUUUAUCUUUUACUUAUUUUCCAGCAGCCCCGAGUCAUUCACACGCAAUUUGACCACUUUACUGUCAGCCAUGUUGUUGCCGCAGUGAUGUCACGGCUAACAGGGCUGACUCUGUGUGUGUGUGGCUCUGGUUUAACCUGUGGAUCAUUAUAGUGAUUAUUAUUACGGUGGUUAUUAUUAUGAUUCUGUGUGAAAAGAUAUAAAAGUCAUUUAAUGUUUUUGUUUUUUUGAUUUUUGGGUUCGGGGCGGGGGGUUAGGGAGUGCAGCAGGUCACGCAGGUCAGCUCACCAUGUUCCUAACUUUGAGCUAACUUAAGUUAGCUGACAGCUACGGGAGUGAAUUGGCAAACUUACUACCCAAAUUCGCUAUUUGUAUGGUGACAGCCUUAUUAGCAUGUUCUUAGAGACGGUUAAUGUGGACACAUACUGUAGCUGUGUGCAAUGCAUUCAAAGUACAGUGAGCUUUCUGUGGUGUUAGCAUUACCAGUAUAUCCCCAAAGAAACUGAUGUUAGCUCUUGGCCACCGGCUAGUUCUUAGUCCCUGUUGUAGAUGAAAUGCUUUGGCAUUGUUAGGAGGGAAUGCUAACUAUGCUAACACACUUUUUGUGUAUGCUACUUGUAGCUUUGGGCUAGCUUGUUAGCCUAGCAGCUUGUAAAAUGCAUUAGAAAUAUUGUGAACAAAUUAUGCUACUUGUGUGGUGUUAGCUUUGCCCCCAAAUAUUUUGAUGGUAGCUGUUAGCUAAGGGCUAGCUCCUAGCCGUGUGAGCAAAAGAAAUGCUGUGACGUUUUCGGGAGGGAAUGCUAACUUUGCUAACACAUGUUUAUGUAUUCAUAGCUUUGGGCUACUUUGUUAGCCAAGCAGCUAGUUAAAGACUUUCUUAGCAUUGUCAGCAACAACACCUCUACAGUGCUGACUGUGGGGUGUUAGCAUUAAUAGCAUAUUCUCAGAUUGAUGGUAGCUUUAGGCCAUGGCUAGUUCCUAGUCCUAGUCCUAGUAGCAAAUGAAAUGCUUUGGUAUUGUUAGGAAGGAAUGCUUACUAUGCUAACACUCCUUUUGUGUACUAAUGGCAUUGGGCUAUUUGUUAGCCUACAUUUUAAACAUUGUAAACAAAUUAGGCUGCGUGUGCGGUGUUAGCAUUAUUAGGAUAUCCCCAAAGAAGUUGAUGGUAGCUGUUGGCCAAGGGCUAGCUCCUAGUCUCAGUUGCAAAUGAAAUUGUUAAGAGGAAAUGCUAACUAUGCUAACACACUGUUUGUGCACUAGCCAUGGGCUACCGUGUUAGCCCAGCAGCUAGUAAAAUACAUUCAAAACAUUGUGAGCGACAACACUUUAGCAUUAUUAGCCCACGCUAAAGAAACUGAUGGUAUCUUCACAAAUAGGAUGAUGGUUGCUGUGAGUUAGCUUGUCAGCUAGCUGAGAGCUAGCUUGUAAAUAAGGAACAGCUUACAAUGCCAAACAGGCUGUUUGUAAACAGUGUUGAGUUUCAAAACAUCACAGAUGAAUAUCAACGCCACAAUAUCAAAGAAACAAAUAAACAACAGUAGCUGCGAGCUAACUUGUUACUUUAGCAGCACGGUGAGCUGACCCUUGAUCUGCUGCUCAGGGCGGACAUGUUGCCUUUAGACAGCAGACUCACACUGGUCCAGUACCUUCUUCGUGUGUGUGUGUGUGUGUGUGUGUGUGUGUGUGUGUGUGCGUGUUUGUUAGUGUGUGUGAGUGUGUGUGAGCUGCAUAACAACUAUGAACCACGCCAGUUUCUGUGAUGACCUUUUUGGCCCGGGGGGGGGGUUGAGUUAUAUUAUUGAGCAGGGCAGCCAGCAGCUGUUGUUUCUGUAUUAUUAACCACAUUAUUAUCUGCUUAUUAAUGUUAUUAACACAUCUCGGGAGGAGCACUGAAUUAUCUGUCCUUUCACUGAUGGGCAUAUAUUAAAGUAUUCAGCUCUGGAGGACCAACGUUGGCCUCAGAAAGUUCGAGCUGGUCCAUUGGGUCACAUGUUUCAUGCUAAGGGACUGUUCUUUACCUGUCAGUGGAGGGGGUGGCUGGGGUGUGACUUCGUUUUUGUUUAUUUGUUUUUAUUUAUUUAUUUUGAUCCUCCCCGAAGCUUCAUAAGAAUGAAGUGAUUUUGAUGAAAUAUCACUAUUUUAAGCUCAGAUUGUUUUUUUGUUUAUUUUCAGAAGCGUUUGUCGCACGUGAUAUGUCCAAGGACUGUCAGAAAUGUGAAAAUCCAUUGAUAGUUUUUGUUUUUACAGUUUCUGGCGGUGAUAAAUGGUUUUAUUUUGGCAGUUUUCUUUAAAAUAAAUACAGAACACAACUAUUUAAAGUUGUUUGCCCCUCCCCUCAGCCC